AUGAACUGGAGGGUCAUUGAGGUCACUUGCUUCCUGUUUAUAUGGGACCAUAUAACAGUUCAGUCUUCCCGCCAAGACCCCUCGGCCAACGAGCAGCAUGUCACCAAGCAGUUUGAUUGGCUCAUCUCCGACCGCGGCCCUUUCCACCACUCGAAGGGCUACCUCUCCUUCGUGGAAAGAUUCCGCCAAGGAUUUACGACCCGAUAUAAAAUUUAUAGGGAGUUUGCACGUUGGAAGGUGAGGAACACGGCCAUCGAGAGGCGGGAUCUGAUCCGUAACCCCGUCCCACUCAUGCCCGAGUUCCAGAGGAGCAUGCGGCUGCUGGGACGACGGCCCUCCACCCAGCAGUUCAUCGACACCAUCAUCAAAAAAUAUGGCACCCACAUCCUCAUCUCAGCCACACUGGGAGGCGAGGAGGCGCUGACCAUGUACAUGGCCAAGAACAAGCUGGACCGGAAGAUGGUAAACGCCACGCAGGGAGUGGAGGCCCUGCACCAGCUGGCCUCUUCAUACUUCAUCGACCGGGACGGCACCAUGCGCAAACUCCACGAGAUCCAGAUCUCCACCAACGCCAUCAAGGUGACGGAGACGCGAACCGGCCCUCUCGGCUGCAGCACCUACGACAACCUGGACUCUGUCAGCUCCGUACUCCUCCAAAGCCCAGAGAGCAAACUCCACCUGCAAGGUCUCCAGGUGAUUUUCCCUGAAUACCUGCAGGAGAAGUUUGUGCAGUCCGCUCUGAGCUACAUCAUGUGUAAUGGCGAGGGUGAAUAUGUCUGCCGCAACAACCAGUGCAUUUGCCGCUGCUCUGAAGAGUUUCCACAAUGCAACUGUCCCACCACUGACCUACAGAUCAUGGAGAACACGCUCCGAGGCAUGGCUGAGUCCUGGGCAGCUUCAUACAAGGACUUUGAGAACUCAGAUGAGUUCAAGUCGUUCCUGAAGCGGCUGCCCUCCACACAUUUCUUGCCUGUGAGCAGUGUCCACCUGCUUUGGGGCAGCGACUGGGACCUGCAGGCUCGCUACCGGCUCCUCCAGAGCUCACUGGAGGCCCAGAGGCUGAAGAUCCAGCGCACGGCCCGAAAACUCUUCAGCCUCAGCGUCCGCUGCCACCACAAUCCCAACCAUCAGAUGCCUAGAGAGAGAUCUGUGCUGCAGUGGCUGAACCGGGUGCAAUCUUUCCUCUACUGCAACGAGAAUGGCUUCUGGGGCACCUUCCUGGAGAGCCAGCGGACCUGCGUGUGCCACACGGGUGUCACCUUGUGCCAGCGGCCCAUCCCCUGCGUGAUUGGUGGCAACAACAGCUGUGCCAUGUGCAGCCUGGCCAACAUCUCGCAGUGUGGCUCAUGCAACAAGGGCUACAAGCUGUACCGUGGGCGCUGCGAGCCGCAGAACGUGGACUCCGAGCGCAGCGAGCAGUUCAUCAGCUUUGAGACGGACCUGGACUUCCAGGACCUGGAGCUCAAGUACCUGCUGCAGAAGAUGGACUCGCGCCUCUACAUCCACACCACCUUCAUCAGCAACGAGGUGCGUCUGGAGACUUUCUUCGACCCGCGUUGGCGCAAGCGCAUGUCUCUGACGCUCAAGAGCAACAAGAACCGCAUGGACUACCUGCACAUGAUGGUGGGACUGUCCAUGAAGAUAUGCCAGAUGAGGAACAGCAGUGUGGAUCCCAUGUUCUUCGUUUAUGUCAAUCCGUUUAGUGGUAGCCACUCGGAAGGUUGGAGCAUGCCAUUUGGUGAGCAUGGGUACCCUCGGUGGGAAAAGGUACGGCUGCAGAAUUCCCAGUGCUUCAACUGGACCUUGCUUCUGGGCAACCGUUGGAAGACCUUCUUUGAGACAGUGCAUAUCUACCUGCGCAGUCGAGCCAAGGUGCCUACCGUCCUGCGCAACGACACAGGCCAAGGUCCGGUGGACCUGUCCGACCCCAACAAGCGGCAGAUCUAUAUCAAGAUCUCCGACAUCCAGGUGUUUGGCUACAGCCUGCGCUUCAACGCCGACUUGUUGAGGAGCGCGGUACAGCAGGUCAACCAGUCUUAUACGCAAGGGACCCAGUUCUACUCUUCAUCCUCCAUCAUGCUUCUGCUGCUGGACAUUCGGGAGAGGAUUAACCGCUUGGCCCCUCCAGUGGCGCCCGGGAAACCGCAGCUGGACCUGUUCUCCUGUAUGCUGAAGCACCGGCUCAAGCUUAACAACAGCGAGAUGAUCCGUGUCAACCAUGCCUUGGACAUGUACAACACAGAAAUCUUGAAACAGUCGGACCAUCUGACUACCAAACUUUGUUGAGAUUGAAAAGCUAGAGAGAGAGCAAAGCUACUACUGAAUAUAAACAGUUUGGAGAGAACAAAACAAAAAAAAAAAAGAAACAAAUCCUUUUUAUUUUCCUUUUUUCAUUUGGGACCUUUUUUGUUCUGCUUUUUUGAUGUACUAUUAACAACUUUGUAAGUGUAAUUGUUAAAUAAGAAACUAAAAAUACAGAGAUUAAGCCUUUUAGUUCACUAAAGAAGAUUAAUGAAAGGAAAGAAAAAAAAAGAACAUGACUGUACCAUAUUUGUCCGAGCAUGUCUGUCACUUCCUAACGGAGCAUUAAGAGAAAAGAAAAGAAAAAAAAAAAAAUUAAAUUCAACAUCCGGUGACAAAGAGGCCUUGAUAUUACUCAGAGGGAACAAAGGUACAUCUGAAACUGCCAUUCUUUACUGGGUAACAUUUUUAACAAUGUAACAAAGCAGACCAGAGGUUUCAUCUUUUGAUUUGAAGACUUGUAAAGCAACACGUCAUAACACAUAGAGAAUGCGUCUCACUAGACUAUAGGUCUAUAUAAUUUAAGGACGCAAAAAGGAAUCGUUAGCUGUAUAGUGUUCUUUCAUACCCUGGAACAUCCCUCUGAGUGUAACUGGCUGUGAUUUUGAGAACAGGCAUGUUACAAGGCACCCAGCCAGUCAGUCAUUUUGCUCUAAAACACAGUCAGCUGUUUAUAGCUCUAGUUUUGUUGAUGCUAACGCUUAUCGCCAUAUGCUAGUCGGAUGUGUCAUUUGAGCGUGAGUGACUUAAGCUGAGUCUUGUUUGUCGGGCUACCUCUGGUGUGUUUAAUUCCAUCCCUGUUCUUCAGCAAGGUAGAGUCCCCUAUUUGGUCCCAGAGCACAGCAUCUACGAUCCAGAGACAAACAAUCAGUGCUAACUCGUAAACCUAGCUUCGCAAAAUGUACAGCCUGUGACUGCUAAUGUGUCAAACUUUUCUUCUUCUUCUUUUUUUUUUUGGAAUUCUUGUUCUCAACACUGAGAACACUUUGUGGGUCAUCCUAUCACACUUGCAAGAGGUUGACAUAAAGCCAUACAUUUCCCAGAGGGAUGACAAAUAAAGAGAGGCUUGUACACAUUUAUUUUGUGAAAAAUUCCUAUACGUUUCUUUUCCAGAUGCUUUUUUUUAUUUUAUUUUUAUAAUUUUCUAAUGGAAGAGCUCAGAUGGAAUGUGUUCAGGAUUGAGGGAUGGCAGUUCUCUGCAUUGCCGUGAAUUACGAAGCUUAACAACGGUAUAUUUAAAGCUUUGAGUAGGCUAUAUAAGGUCAACUAUACACCAUAUGUACACAAUUUUUGUAUCUUCUAUUCCUUAGUACAGUUCAGGUUUAAUGUAUUUGACAUUUCGAAUUGAUCACUUGCUUUAUUCCUACAGCUUGACUGGGAAAAUAGUUUGCGCUAAAGUAACUUACACUAGAGUUAAUGUUGGGGUAGAGGGAACACUACGCCAUCCUGAUAAGUAUCAAUCCUGAUUAUUAUUGCUAUUAAUAUGAUUUCCAUUCUUUUUAUCCAGUCUUAUUAAGUGCCUGUUACCUGUUACCUAUCCCUUUAACCAUUUUCAAAAGGUUUUUUCAUCGCAGUUUUGCAAACAUAACACUGUAACGUCUGAUUUUCACCAGUAAUGCCCCAUCAGUCAGUAGGAAGAGGGCAGAAGGAAAGCUUUGUCAGUCCACGCUGUAUUCUGCAUGUAUUGAAAAAAGUAACCAUUUUGGGAGGGGCCAUAAGUGUCCUCCUUUACUGAAAACACUUAAGAUGUAUAUUAUAUAUGUAAAUAGCUACAUUGCCUUGGUAUAGCCAUGGAAUCCAAAUGCUUUUCUUAGAUCACCGCAAGUCUAUGGGGAGCAGCUUCAGUCCAUGAUUGAGACAACUUUAGCACAACAUGCGGAAAGGAUUGCAAGGAUUGCCCCCCAGAAAUGUAUUCUCUCACGAUGAAAGAAGAAGAAAAAUCACCAGCCUGUACCAAACCUCGCCCCUACCAACUCUCCCCACCCCAACCCCCACCCAUGCAUAAAGCACAUAAGCUGUCCUUUCUUACGCCUCUUUUACAGAACGUCAUGUACAAUACAGCCACACCUUUCCCGUAGGUCUUUCAGUGGGGUCAGUUUGAUUGGCAAACAGCUUUCAAUACCUUGUCUAUGUAAUUUCUGCUGUUCUGUUGGAAAAAAAGGAAAAAAAGUCUAUAUCAGCUUUCUUCAAAUGAAUGUUUCAUAUAAUAAUCUAUUUCUCAUUAAAAAUGCUAUAUUUAA